GCUUGAUUUAAAAGGAUCAUUAUUGGUAAAAGAAAAAAAGUCUACCGCCCUCCCCAUACCUUCGCUCACAAUUCUACUGUACUAAAUUAAAUCAUAAUGACAUAAACUACUUCACAAGUCUCCCAUGUGUAAGCAAAAACCGAAUCCUUCAACUCUAUAUUCAUUAAUAUUCAACCUCACCUUCUCUCUUCAUUAAUGAGAAGUAUACUUUUACUCACUUUUCCCAUUAGAUUCAACCUAUCAACUAACCUUCAAAGUUGAUCAAUCUUGAUGAGAGUGAAAAAAUAAGGCAAAUUAAAACCUAUAUUUUCAUUUUAGUGCUCACAAAUAUUGACUACUCCUCAUUCCAUUGAUGCAUGUUGAGGCUUCUAAGCAUACUCUCCUUUAACAUAAUAAUACUUGUUAUUAUUAUGUCCUUGAAAGUUGUCUUUUCCAUCCUUUGGCUAUCACUUGCCCUCCUCUUUCUCCAUGAAUUCUAUAGCUACAACAACAAUAAGAUUGGGGUAGCCCUUUCUUCAUCAAAUGGUCAUAGAAAAACAUUAGCUAGUCAUUAUGAUUUUACCCCAUUCGACCGCCGCCGCCAACAACAUUCACCGGAGGUCCCCGGCGAGGCAAGAGGACGAGAGGUUGACCCGCGUUACGGCGUCGACAAACGCCUCGUCCCCUCCGGUCCAAAUCCAUUGCACAACUAGAGGCCUCCGCCGCCGCCGUGGAACUUCAUGCGGCGACGAAGAAACGUAACGUACAAGCGAUGUAUGGAUAGAUAUUCAGUAUCAUCGUUCAUUCUAUAAUAUGGGAGCUGAGGAUGGAAUCCUUUAUAGUACGUACGGUGCAGAGAUUCAAGAGAGGCCGGGUAUUUGAUGGAAUUGAAGUUCAUACUGCGUAUAAUGUAUUUGACUAUUUGAGUGAGAUGAUCUGUAGAUUAUAUAAAUAGUGGCAUGGAAAAGAUGUUGCACUUUGUCAAAAUGAAAACAUGUGUAUCAAUCCUGUAUAUAUAAUCAAAUAUUGGCCUUAUCUUAUCAUGCUGAUUAAUGCUCCGCGGCCGUAUAAUUGUUACAUUUUGAAGUUGAUAUAUCUGUUGCAUUCUAUCAAUAUGAUAUACGGAGAAUACAUUAUUGUCGGA